CUUCACAGAAUUGCUUUUGCCUAGUGCCAAGCCCAGAAUGUUGUGCAUUUAUGGACCUUUAGGCCCAUGUUAUCUCAUGGGAAAGGCAUUUGACUUUUAGUGAUAGAUUGUAAAAGGGAUGUUGACAUCAGUGAAGAGAUCAUCUGGUCACUGCAGAGACAGCAUGGGUUCGGCAGAGGGCAGGCUUCAGGAUGUAGGCUAAUGAAUGAAUAAUGACUAAGGAAAGAUUAGCUGCCUGACUUGGCCUCUAGACAGCCAGAAGUUAGGGAGAGGUUAAACAGCAGGAGAGAGAAUCUGGGUGAGUUUCACAGGAGCCUAAGGGGAAAGAACAGAUUGAUAUAGGAACAAUUUGUUAUGGUUGUUUAUUCAUAUGAAAAUGAGAAGCCUAUGUAUCACAUAGACAACAGUAUUUAUAAGCAGCUAAAAUAUAGAAUGAGCUAUAGAACCGGCAAUCAAGGCUUGUUAAUGUCAUUCAGUCUAAUAGGGAAGUGAAAGACGUUUGAAGAAAAAAAACUGGAAGUGAGUUUUCCUUUCGGUAAAGUUGGGGGAGGGGAGUGUAGAAAAAAAAGAAAAGAAAAGGAAAUCUUUAGAUUUAUUUGUUUUUCUUUUAAACCUAUCACCUGGCUUUUAGUUAUCAUCUGAAAUGUUUCUUUGUGGCAUGUUAAAAUCAAUAAGAAGAUACGGGAUUUUAGCACCCUUAAUCCCCUGCUACAGGAACCAAGAUGACUCCACAUUGUUUUCCUAACAUUCCUAAAGUGAAGUGAGUCCCCAGGCUCAUGGAGGAAAGGAGGAAAAACUGUGUAGGAAAUCUAAUGGAUGAAGAUGAGAAGGACAGAGCAAAGAGAGCUUCACGAAACAAGUCUGAGAAAAAACGUCGUGACCAGUUCAAUGUUCUCAUCAAAGAACUUAGCUCCAUGCUUCCAGGGAACACUCGAAAACUGGAUAAAACUACAGUGCUUGAAAAAGUCAUUGGAUUUUUGCAGAAACACAAUGAAGUUUCAGCACAAACUGAACUCUGUGACAUUCAGCAAGACUGGAAGCCUUCAUUUCUCAGUAAUGAAGAAUUCACCCAGCUGAUGUUAGAGGCAUUAGAUGGCUUCAUUAUUGCAGUGACAACAGAUGGAAACAUUAUCUACGUAUCUGACAGUAUUACCCCACUCCUUGGGCAUUUACCGUCAGAUGUCAUGGAUCAGAAUUUGUUAAAUUUCCUUCCAGAACAGGAACAUUCAGAAGUUUAUAAGAUGCUCUCUUCUCAUAUGCUUGUGACUGAAUCUUCCUCUCCAGAAUACUUAAAAUCUGACAACGAUUUAGAGUUUUAUUGUCAUCUUCUCAGAGGCAGUUUGAACCCAAAGGAAUUUCCAACAUAUGAAUACAUAAAAUUUGUAGGAAAUUUUCGGUCCUACAACAAUGUGCCUAGCCCCUCUUGUAACGGCUUUGACAAUACAGUGACAAGGGCUUACCGUUCACCACUAGGAAAGCAAAUCUGCUUCAUUGCAACUGUUCGUCUGGCCACACCUCAAUUUCUAAAGGAAAUGUGCAUAGUUGAAGAACCUUUAGAGGAAUUCACUUCAAGACAUAGCCUGGAAUGGAAAUUUUUAUUUCUGGAUCACAGAGCUCCACCAAUCAUAGGAUAUUUGCCUUUUGAAGUGCUUGGUACUUCUGGCUAUGAUUAUUAUCACAUAGAUGACCUAGAACUCCUAGCCCGGUGCCAUGAACACUUGAUGCAGUUUGGCAAAGGAAAGUCUUGUUGUUAUCGGUUUCUGACCAAAGGACAGCAGUGGAUAUGGCUCCAGACCCAUUACUACAUCACCUACCAUCAAUGGAAUUCCAAGCCAGAGUUCAUUGUCUGUACACACACUGUAGUCAGUUAUGCAGAUGUUCGAGUGGAAAGGAGGCAAGAACUAGCCCUGGAAGAUUCAGCAUCUGAGGUUGUCGACUCUUCAACACUAAAGGUACCAUGCCUCUUGGACAAGGGGGCAAGCUUGGAUCCUCAACAACACUUUGGUGCUCUUGAAGUGGGUGCCUCUGUCCUUAACACUAGCCAAUCACCAUCAGCAUCUUCAAGAAGUUCUCACAAAUCUUCCCAUACACCCAUGUCUGAGACUGCCUCCACUCCAACCAAACUGAUCACAGAAUCCAGUACCCCUUCCUUGUCAAGGACCUCCAGCCUACCACAGGAGUUACCCAUGCAAGGGCUCAGUCAAUCUGCUGCAAUGCCUGCUUCUCUGCCUUCUCAGUCAUCCUGUGAUCUGCUUACACAGCAUCUGUUGCCUCAGGCUGUUUUGCAAAGCCCACCUACACCCAUGACACAGUUCUCAGCACAAUUCAGCAUGUUUCAAACCAUCAAAGACCAGCUAGAGCAGAGGACUCGGAUCCUGCAGGCCAACAUUCGGUGGCAACAAGAAGAACUACAUAAAAUCCAGGAGCAGCUCUGUAUGGUCCAGGACUCCAACCUCCAGAUGUUUUUACAGCAGUCAGCAGUAUCUCUAAGUUUUAGCAGCAUACAACGGCCAGAGCCUCAGCAGCAACAGCAGCUACAGCAGAGAUCAGGAGUCGUUUCCCAGCCACAGCUUGUUCCUAGUCCUCAACUCCCAGGCCAAAUUGCAACUUCUCAAAUAGCAAACCAGCAGCUGCUACGGGAAUCUAGUGUGAUAGCAAGCCAGGGUCAAAAGCCAAUGAGAAGUACCCAAGUCAUGCAGGGAAAUGGCCACUCCGUGAGCAGCUUAACCUCACAGUUCAGCAGCACAGCCUUACUCCCACAAGCGCUAAGCCUGACCACACCUGGUUCUGUCACCCAGGAUACUGGACAAUGUCACCCCAGUCCAGACUUCAGCCAUGAUAGGCAACUCAGACUGCUGCUUAGCCAACCAAUCCAGCCAAUGAUGCCUGGGUCAUGUGAUGCAAGGAGGUCCUCAGACCCUGGUGGCACUGGUCGGCAAGUAAAAUAUCCUCAGAGUCCAUCUGGAUUUCCAAGUCUGGAAGUGCAAACCUCUAGCAGCAGUACCUCCACCCCUAUUCUGCUGAUGGGACAAGCUGUGUUGCACCCUGGCUUCUCUACCACUCAGCCAUCCCCCUUGCAGCCUCUACAGCCCCAGCAGCCACCACACUAUUUGCAGGUACAGACACCAACCUCUUUGCACAAUGAACAGCAAGACUCUCUGCUUCUACCAGCCUAUUCACAACAAGGGACCAUGGGAUAUCAUCCCACACCUCCCCAGCCACCACCGCCACCACCACCGCCACCGCCACCGCCACCACCUCCACAUUCAUCCCGAAGGCCUAGCAGUCUAUCAGAGUCCUCAAGCCUCCAGCAGCCUCCACGAUAGAAUGCCAACAGAAUGUCAAUACACAAUCAGCUUUAACCAAUGGACAAAGAGGGACAGGGCAGGGGAGGAAAGGAUUUUGGAUCUAAACUUUUGGCUUUUGCACACUGCAGAAUACAUUUCAGAACUCCUAGAUCUCAAAGUGCAGGUUGCAAUAGAUAGAAAAUUAUCAAGAUCUGGUUGUCCUUGGUUCCCCCUGGCUCAGUGGAUCUCGAUGUACUCUACAGCCAUACAUGACCACUCAGACUGGAAAUGAACAGUAUUCUGUGUGAAUCCCAUCCUUAUUGGGUAAACACUUGGAGAAAGCACUUUUUGCUACAUCCUUGUGAGCACAUCCAUUUUACUCCAGCUGACUGUGGACUGUCUAUAUGAAAUAUUUGGCCUUUAUUCUUUCAAUCUUCUUUCCUUUGCAUUUGAGAAGCACUGGGUCAAAGAUCUGUUGAAGAGAGAAAGAACAAGAGAUUAUUUUUAUUAUUGUUAAUAUUUUUUUUGCACAACUGCACAGAAGAAAUAACUUAGGCACUUUCUGUAUAAAAUUAAAAAAAAAAAUAAAAGUCUAUUUACUUCAUGUCGUGACCACAACUACAAUAACAACAGGCAGAGCUGGUCAUACUCUUCAACCUAAAACUACAGAACAGAUCUUUUAACCCUUCCUGUUCUGGUAGUUGUUUUGGGUUUGGUUUCUUUCUUAAGAAAAUAACACUGGACUAUACCUGUUUACUUUAUUAAUUACAACUACAAAGGAGGACUCAAAUGGUAAGCACAAUCAUGCAGCUGAUAUUCUGGAAUUCUGUUGAGACACUUAAGAACACAAAGAGGAUAUAUUUCUGCCUCCCAAACAGUUGAUCACCUCUGUUUGGGGCUACAGGUCACUGAGGAAAAUGCACUGUGUUUUGGCCCAUUGAAUGGGGAUGCUGCAUCUUAUUACAUAUCUUUCAUGAUAAAUACCUAGGAUUGAAUUUUCCUUUAAAAAUGCACUUUUUGCUUUUUUUGUAUGUUUUGUUAUGUUGAGAUGUUUCUAAAGAAAAGAUUUUAUGUAAUUAUAAAACAUAGUGUAUUGUACAGCUGUUGUAAUAAUGACCUAUUUCUAUAAAAAAUAAAAUUGUAUGGAAUUAUGUGUAAAUUAUUUUGUAUCUGAAACACCAGUUCAUUUCACAAGUAUAAAAGUUUUCUUGUGCUUUUCUGUGAGUGGACAUUUUGUAAUAAAUUAACAAAUUUGUACAAUU